AUGUCCGAAUUCAACUCGAACAUGAGUGAAGUCCGUCAGGCCGUUGAGUGGUCGUUUGAGAUCAUGAAGAAGAACUGGGCAAUGGUUGGUUACAACAUGCAGCAAAAAAUUAUGCUGCAAAACGUCGGCAAGCAAAUGACGAAUAAGUUGCAUCAUGUCGUCAUUUCGUUUUCUGUCGUCCUCACGUUGCUGAAUUCGCUCAAGUCUAUCCUUUUCACGUUCUUUGAGCUCCAUUUCACGUUCUUUGAGCUCCAUUUCGAACUUGUACUUCUUGAACUCGAGGCGCUCCUGCUCAAGGGCGAUUUCACGCGCUUGAGUCUCAAAAAUGGCCAUGCGUUUGCGACUCAAAACAUCACUGUCAGUAGAGUCAUCACCCUCAAACGACGUACGACGUCCACGCAACAUUGCUUGGUCCCGCACAAAUCCUGCCGUCGCCUCCUUUUCUGCUGCCUUGGCAGCCGAGGAUGUUCGCUCUGCUUGGCGCUGGUCGCAGGCUUCAUCGAAGAGCUGGACAAGCUCAUCCAGAAGGAUGAUCUUGCCUGUCUCGUCUUGUUCAACGCCGGAGAGGUACUCUGA